UUGGCUAGCUGUCAGUUACCGUCUACGCGCUCCCGUGGAGACCGCAGCUGGUGGCUGCCGACACGGUAAUGGCCACGCGUGGCGACUGACUGGCCAACAUGGAGCUAUUGGCUCGCUAUCUCGACAGGAGCAAUUCAGUGAGUUCAACCACAACUCAAGACUUAAUCAAGGAGGAGAACCUGAGGGAUGACCUGAGGUUCUAUUUUAUGAGCCCAUGUGAGAAGUACAGGGCCCGAAGGCACAUGCCCUGGAAACUGGGGGUGCAGAUCCUCAAGAUAGUCAUGAUCACCACACAACUCGUCCUCUUUGGCCUCAACAACCAACUGGUUGUGUCCUACAAGGAGGAGAAUGCCAUGGCCCUGAAAAACUUGUUCCUGAAGGACUAUGGCGGUGUGGACGAGGACGACUACAGCGUUGCGGUCUACUCACAGCAAGGUGUCUAUGACAGCCUGUUUUAUUUGCUGGACCAGUACAGCCAGCUGGGCCGGCUCGCUGUGGGUCCCAUCACUUACGCUGAGGAUGAUGAUGGUGGGUUGCUUCCGCUGGUCAUCUGCAAAAAUCUAUAUAGAAGAGGCAGUGUAGCACCUUCGGAUGAGGCCUAUGACAUAGACGCCCAGUUGGAGACAGUUUGUUUGUCACUUGAUCCAAAGACUGCCCAUCAAUGGAAAACCAAUAAUGCAUCCUUUUAUGACCUGGACUUUUACAGGUUGGUGGACAUGAAAAUAACCUUCAAUUUAAAGGGGAUCAACUUGCAAACAGUGCGAUCGCGGGAGUUACCUGACUGUUACUCAUUUUCUGUCAUGAUCACAUUUGACAACCAGUGUCACAGUGGAAAGGUGAAACUCUUUCUGGACAUCGACGCACAGAGCAGCGCGUGUCGAGGCUGGAAGAUAUCUGGAACAGCCCAGAAGAGCACACACUAUCUUCUGGUGUUCGACGGCUUUGUAAUUGUGGUUUGCCUCACGUCGGCCGUGCUGUGCACCCGCUCCAUAGUGCUGGCUGUCAGAUUACUGCAGAGAUUCUCCAGGUUUCUCCAUGAAAACUACAACCGGAAAGUGUGUGAGGGUGACCAGGGAGAGUUCCUAAAUGGCUGGUAUGUGCUGGUCAUUGUCAGCGACCUGUUGACAAUUAUUGGAUCAAUAUUGAAGAUGGAAAUUCAAGCAAAGAGUCUGACCAGCUAUGAUGUCUGCAGUAUAUUUCUGGGUACUGCAACAUUAUUGGUGUGGGUCGGCGUGAUCCGCUAUCUGGGCUACUUCCAAAAAUACAAUGUGCUGAUUUUGACCAUGAAGGCAGCCUUUCCAAAGGUGUUGCGUUUCUGCUGCUGUGCUGGCAUGAUCUACCUUGGCUACACCUUCUGUGGGUGGAUCGUGCUGGGGCCAUACCACGAGAAGAUGCCUCUACAUCAUGACCACAAAAGUCCAUGUACGUUUGAAGGCCUGAGCCUCGUGGCGGAGUGUCUGUUUUCCUUGUUGAACGGCGACGACAUGUUCACCACCUUUGCCCAGCUGAAGGACAAAAACACGCUAGUUUGGCUCUUCAGUCGGGCCUACCUCUACUCCUUCAUUUCACUCUUCAUCUACAUGGUGCUGUCGCUCUUCAUUGCCCUCAUCACCGACGCCUAUGAGACCAUCAAGAAUUACCAGAGGGAUGGAUUCCCGCUGACAGACCUGCAAAAGUUCCUCAGAGAUCAGAAAGAUUUUGUAUCCUCAGAGGAGAGCAGACAGACAGACCUGUACACCCGGUAUUCGGUGUUCUGCUGCUGUGAAAAAGUCUCUGAAAGCGAUGACAUCGCACUCAUCGGCUGACAAAUGUUGCCCCUCCUGAUUGAAGCAAUCUGGGAAGGGAGCGAUGAAAAUAGGACUUCACACGUCUGACGCAAACUUGCGAAGAUUCCUCAUUCAGAGUCCAUGCUUGUGUACCGCUCUCAUCCCAGAAGGUACACUUCGUGUACUGCAACAGAAAGACAUUAUGUGAACAUGAGACUAAAAAAAAUUUAUACAGUAUGUCUUGAAGCAAGAUGUAAAGGUUUUUUUUUUUAAUUAUUGUUUGUUGGCGUGUAGGGUGACAGUGUCAGUAUGGGGUGGGAGUGUUGGAGGGGUUGUAUAAAUAUGUAUGAAUGUUCCCACACAUGAAGGUGCUUAAUAGUAUUCUACAGUCAAAUGUGAUUAGCCAUUCUUAGUGCAGACAUGAGAUGUUGCAAAGUAAAGAAAAAGCUACCUGUUAUGUCUUUGUGAAUAUUUUGCUAAUUCCACCUUUUUUGGUUAAUGCAUGAAAAGCCCUACUUUAACAUAGCAUUUGCUUGAUGAGUAAAAAUAUCUUCAGGGCUCCACAAUUAAAUCCCAUAAUCAAUACAUUUUUUUAAAAAAAACAUUCUGAUCAACAAUGGGCAAUACUGUUUGUAAGCCCAACUCUGCUUCCAGGUUGAAACCGAAAUGAAAAACCAGCAAAUGAUGGAGAGAAGCAUCCUGUUAAAUCAUUGGGUCACGUACUGCUGAAUGAAUGGCUUAAGCCCAAAACAAUGCGAUCAGACAAGCAAAGAGCAGUAGAAGCAUUUCUUCAAUCUCUGUUGCAAUGACUAAAGCCGAUGCUUCAAACAUAAAUCUGUCUUUGUUCAUAUACCAAGUUUUCAGCUAUGCGUACCUUGAAGUACCAUUAUCAUAAGAAUUGUAUGCAGCAUAGGUCGGCCUUUCAUGGCUGGAAAGUGAGGUGCAAGGAUCACAUGGGAACAGGUGACAGAGUCGUUCAGAGUAUGUGACCGCAAAAUAAAUUAAAAGGAGUCUGUUCUUUGCUCCAAAAGAGUGUGUGAAUUCCUCACCUUGUUUACUAAACGAGUGAGUGAAAAGCCCCUGCAUGCAUGUUUACCUUAAAGUUGACCUGGAAGGUCAUUAACACGGACAGAUGAAAAGGUUUGAGUUCCCUCGCAAAGAUUUUGAUCUUUUUUUGGCGAGGGAAAAGUUAUUCUCCCAUGUCAGCUUACGGGCUCCAUACCGCAAGUCUUCUGAAAAUAAAUUCAUAAUACAAUUAAUAAAGAGGAAAAAAAUCCUGGUAAUAUUUCAGAAAUGAAGGAAAAUGCUUUUAGGGGAUAUUACUUGGCCCACGAACAGUUCCCUUAGGGGUGGCAGCUGCAAUGGCAAAUAUCUGAUUGGAUGAUUACUUACUAUCACUGUUUUUGUACUUACUACUUGAUCAUAUUUCCUUUUUUUUGCACACUAAUGAGGAAGAGGACUCCCAGACAAAAGUCUACCACAGAUAUAGUCUAUAACAUUGCUAAAUUUGACAAUUUAGCACAGGACUCCACGAGGGACACGGUCGAACGCCUUCUCCAAGUCCACAAAACACAUGAAGACUGGUUGGGCGAACUCCCAUGCACCAUCGAGGACCCUGCCGUGGGUGAAGAGCUGUUCCACGCCCAGGACGAAAACCACACUAAUCCUCCUGAAUCUGAGAUUCGACUUCCCAACGGACCCUCCUCUCCAGCACCCCUGAAUAGACCUUACCAGGGAGGCUGAGGAGUGUGAUCCCCCUGUAGUUGGAACACACCCUGCGGUCCCCCUUCUUAAAAAGGGGGACCACCACCCAAGUCUCCCAAUCCAGAGGCACUGUCCUCGAUGUCCACACGAUGUUGCAGAGGCGUGUCAACCAGGACAGCCCCACAAUAUCCAGAGCCUUGAGGAACUCCGGCGAAUCUCAUCCAACCCGGGGGCCUUAAUCACCUCAGUGACCUCAACCCCAGAGAUAGGAGAGCCCGCCCCAGUUACCAGUGAGGGAUCACCUAGGACCUGUUUGCCAUGGGUGACCCUACCAGGGGCGUGAAGCCCCAGACAACUUAGCUCCUAGGAUCAUUGGGACACACAAACCCCUCCACCACGAUAAGGUGACGGCUCAAGGAGAGGGAACAAAGAUAUUAGUAAUUUAUAAUAAUUAAUUCCUGACAGAUGAAAUUGGAUUAUUUCCCGCAGUAGCCCUGAAGAUCUCUCCCAGCACAAUAGGGUGCUACUUCAACCAAGUGGGGAAUCACAGCUCCAAAGCACAAUACAGACCACAUGUACUUCCAUUUAACAGGAUGUGAAAGUAGUAUCUGUGGUCACUAAACUAGUAGUUGUGUCACACUAGACUCCCCCACAAAGUGCUGCGUGCUUACUUCCAGUGUAUUUACUGAAGGAAUAAACAGAGGAUGUAGUCACACUUGGCAUCCCACACGUCCUCAGGCUCCGCGUUCUGGAUCCAUACAAUUGUACUAUACUCGGAUGUUGUUUCUAGAUACUAUCACACAAUGCAGAAAAAUGCCCUUUUUAUGAAGCCUGUGCUUUCGCUCCACACUAGUUUAAUUGUUUGUUGUAUUUUCAUAAUGAUGACAUUCUUUUUAGUGGGGGGUAAUGAUAAUUGCUCAUUAUUGACCACUGUUGACUUUUUUUCAAAUGAAUUCCCCUACGGAUGGAUCGGUCUUCAAUUAGUUUUUGUAAUUUGAUCAAUGCUGCAAUGUCAAUUUCACUCUUUUGUUUCUUCUCCUCAUCACUGAAAUUCAUGCUUUAAGUGUGGUUGUUAAUUGUUUUUUUUCUUGUUGCAGGAAACAUGCUUGAAUAAUUUAAAAAUGUAUGAAACUA